AUGACAGUCCUGAACCUGUCCUUUGCUGCGUGUGGUUUCUUGGGGAUCUACCACCUGGGUGCUGUGGAGGCCUUUUUCCGUCACGGGGACAAGCUGCUGGGCUCCCUCAGGGCCUGUGCAGGGGCCUCGGCCGGGGCCCUGGUGGCUGCCGUAAUGAUCACAGCUCCUGACAAGUUAGAGCACUGUAAAGAGUUCACUUACGGGUUCGCUGACAGUGUGAGACGACAGCCGUUGGGAGCCGUCACACCAGGAUAUAACUUCAUGCUCACACUACGAGAGGGGAUAGAAGAGAUUCUGCCCAGCGAGGCUCACAGUCUGGCCACCGACCGCCUCCAUGUUUCAAUAACACACUUCAGAAGUGGCAAGAACCACGUCGUAUCCAGGUUUACCUCCAGGGAGGAGCUCAUAAAGGCUCUACUGGCCAGCAGCUAUGUGCCCAUCUAUGCUGGACUCAAACCAGUGGAAUUCAGAGGACAGAAAUGGAUUGAUGGAGGUUUCACUGACAGCCUUCCAAUUCUGCCUGUGGGACGAACCAUCACUGUGUCUCCGUUUGCUGGACUGCAGGACGUGUGUCCGGUCCACGGGGGGCGCUUCAAUACUCAACUUAGACUGGCCAAUAUGAACGUAAUGCUCUCUAUGGAAAACAUCAAACGUCUGAACCAGGCUCUGUUCCCACCAUCCACCAGCAGCAUGCAGUCUUUAUGUGAAGAAGGUUUCAAUGAUGCAGUGAGGUUCCUGAAGAGAGAGGACUGGAUGACCUGACCCUUGUGGCACGAACGGACUCUAAGAACCCUGAUGACACCCUAUUCGUCCUCAUGGCACUGACAGAGCUGACUGAGUGUGGAGCAGCAGGGCUGCAGCCAGGGCUUCAACAUCACGUUCCAUGCAGACAUCUGGCUCUCCACAGGCUUUACUGACCUCUGAUGCCUCUCCACGGCCUCCUCCAUCACAGCAAGGAUGGAGUAAAAGGCCGGCUCGGUGUCAGGAGUCAGCGGCGUGGUCUCUGAUGGGUCCCUCGAGAGAUCAUAGAGCAGUGGAGGAUUGUGGUAGGUCACAUAGUCUGGCGUGCAGAGGCAGACAUGAGUGUGGAAACAGACCGUCUCGUUCUCUGGAUAGAAGUUUUGUGUGAAGUAAAAGGCUUUCCACACUGAGCUACCUGAAGAAAAAAUAAAACCACUAAGUGAAACUUCUUGCCUUGAGGCAGUGAGUGUAUUUUUGGGCAGUUUGCCAUGUAGAUGAGCUGUCUGAAUCUUAUCUAACUGACCCCUACAGCAACCACAGCUGGAAGAAGCACACAGUGAAUAAAGCCAAGCUGCAGUUUUUGUUUCUGCAAUUAAAAAAAUGAACUAAGAAGAAAAAUUUGCUGCAGAUACAUAAUCUACCAUCUGUCAUUGGUGGUGUGUCUAAGGAUCCUCUGACAUCUGAGUGAAAGUGAGCUGCUGAACGGAAACUUAUUAAUGCAAAAGAUUCAAUAACCAAAUUUAGUUUCAAUCCACCAACAAAUAUUAGGAGUUCAUGAGAAAAGCAGUGGGUGGCGCAAAUUGUCCAGCUGGAAAGAAUGGUAAAUGGUAAAUGGACCUGUACUUGUAUAGCGCCUUUCUAGUCUUCCGACCACUCAAAGCGCUUUUAUUCACCCUUUCACACACAUUCACACACAGUGAAUGGCAAAGUCCAUCGAACAGAAACUAACUCAUUCAUACACAUUCACACACCGAUGCACGGCAUCGGGAGCAAUUUGGGGGCUCAGUAUAUUGCUCAAGGAUACUUCGACAUGUGGCACAUUUCUGUAGAGCAAACAUAUUUUCACAUCAAACCCAGUGAAUUAAGGGUUUGGUAUUGACCAGUUUGAGCACAUACAGUACAGAGGUGAUGAUGUUGGAUGAUGCGGCUCCAGCCAGGACUCUGACACCGACCAACAAAGACACAGCAGGGUCAGAAGUGGCGUAAAGCGGGAGAGGAGCAAGAGAGGCAUCAGACCGGAAGUAACAGUGUGUAGAGCCAGAAUAUUUUUACAUGUAACUGAGAUAUUAGAGUUGGUGUUUGUUGGAACAGUGAUUAACCAAAACAGUUUUGGUGAGUUGUAUUUUGUUUCUGUUGAGUAUGAAUGAAGUGUGUUUUAAGAUGGGUUAACAAGGCAAUUAAAGGUACAAUAUGGAAUAUCUGUUGUUAGGGGGUCUAGAAGAGAGAUAUGACACCAUAGAUAGGCGUUUGGUGAAACGCAUCAUAAGUGCCUUUUUGAAUGUCCUUUCUUUGUUUAGGUAAAAUAUGCUGUACUUGCGUGUGCUAUCAGUUUUUCCGAUAUCAAUUUCUGUAUCAGCAAUACCUCCAAUACUAAAAUGUGGUAUUUGGUAUCGGCACGUACACGUGUGCACCGAUCCGAUACUACAUAGGCCUAAUUUAUUAACUCCGAAAACCAACUUCCCAGCAGUGUCCCGUCCAUUUUUUCCCCCAGGAUAGCAAAGUCACAAAGUCACAACCUGCCCUAUUCUGAUUCUGACAAAGGGUUUAACCUGAGUCAGGCCAUUCAACAAUGAUAGCAAUCAUACAGGCUUUUCUUUUUUUUUCAGGCAAUUGUAUCAGAAUCGCUACUGGAAAAGAAAAAAAUUGUAUUUGAACAUCUCUAAUUUUGUUUGUGCUCCAUACCAUGUGAUCAUGAUCAUGAUCAAUUUCCCCUGUGUGGGAUCAAUAAAGUCUCUCUGUGUCUUA